AUGCAGGCCGCGCUCGCCUCCGCAGCCGCCUCGGACCUGGCUGGCCGGCCACGCGCGCGCGCCGCGGCGAUGCGUGGCAAGCGGAAGCAUCCUGGCUUCCUGCCGCUCGUCGACCACCAGGAUGCGCCGUCGCGCAGACGCGUCGUCGCGCCAGUGGUGCCGCUGAUCACGGCGCCGCCGGGCGCGUCUGCGAGCGCCCCCGCCGCCCGCGCGGAGCACGCCGCUAGCGCGCGCCCUCGGGGUCCCGCGUCGGCGCCCCCCGGGCCAGCGCGGGCGGGCAGAGACGACGCGCCGUCGGCGAAUUUCACCCGGGGAGGGUCGCAAGAGAAGGCGCUGGAGGCGACGAAGGACGAGCACUUUAGGAGAGCAGCUCUCGGGGCGCUGCAGAGAGCCUUCCUUGCGGCCUCGGCGCGAUGUACGACGUCAUCACUCGUGAGGACUCGAGGGCUCUUCCGCGGGGCCUGGUUCGGCGAACGCGGCUCAGUCGUGCCGCCCGCGCCCGAGAAGCUGCAGGCGACCGGCGCCGUGUUCAAGGACCCCAUGGACCUCGACCUCAUCGUGGAUGCGGUGAGGACAGGCUGCGUCCCCGACGACUUGCCCGGCGUCGCUGGGGUGCCGAUCGGGCCAGCCAACUUGGCUGCCCUAGCGGUCUUCUUCCUCCUGAGGGAGAUCGAGGCGUCUCUGACCGUGUGCAGGAACGUCAGCAUCAACCUCACGAACAGGUGCCCGUGCCAUUGCGCGGUGAGCCGGGCGAGGCUGGUCGAGAAACACUUCGCGAACGCGCAGGGCAAGGUGCCGGAGUCGAUUCCGUUCAUCCCCGCGCUGGCCGGAAACGCGCUCAGCAAGGAGGCCACCACGGCGACGCACGAGGAGCUGCACCGACGCGCCAGAGCCCCCACGCACGACGACGAGGGCAACCGGUUGCUGGGGGGGCACUUGCCCAGGAUGCUCGCCCGGACAGGGGUCCACGUUUAUCUCAUCGAGUUGAUAGCGAGGUGGCACGCCCCCAUGCUGCCCCACCACGCGCGGGAGGCCCCACUGCACCAGAUCAGCAGCGAGUUCGUCGAGCUGCGCGCCAUGAACAAGGAGAGCGGCACCAGUCGUGACAUCAUGGCCAAGCUGGAGAGCCUCAGCGCCACGCCGAUCGAGGCGAACAGCGACCUGGUGGACCGCGCGCGCGCCUGGGAGUCUGCGCCGCGUUCGGAGAGGCAGGGCAGGGCGGAGCACGUCAAGAAUGACGGUUCCAGUGUGUGGCGCCGUCUCGCAGUGGAGGGGCUGGGUAUCCCUGCUGACCAGCGGCGCACUACGUGCGGUUGGCGCUUCGCCUUCCGCAGGUACACUCUGGCUGCAGGUUGCUUGCAGCAGGGCGCAGAGCGCUGCGAGAAAUGCUUCCCGCCUGCGAGCGCGGAGCACGGCCUGCGCGGGGAAGACUCAGACCCCGAGCGGCCGCGCCACGAGUUCAC